AUGUUCCUGCGUCCUGACAGACAGAAGUUUCAGACGGAGCUGGUGGGGCUUGUUUUCGACAGUAUUCACGACGACAGACGCUCUAUACGCGAAGAUGUCGACAGAGGACUGCUUUUGCAGUCACCACGUCCGCCCAUCUACCACAGGAACGGGAUCGUGGAACCGUGCCAAACUGAGUCGGCAUGUCUGUCUGUCGAAGCCUCGGCCGGUCUUCAAUCAGGCAGACUUUGUCGCCAAUUGAAGCGAAAAACCGAUUCAAACUCCACAUUCAGACGCUGGAGUCCAAAUUUCGGUGGCGUCGAAUUGGUCUGGGGCAACCUGGAGCAGGUGCCGCUGAAGGUGCGCUGGAACCCGCUGACGAAAGAC